UCUCUCUCUCUCUCUCUCUCUUCUGUCUUUUCUUGUGACCAUACGUGAAAUAGUGUGCAUAGGAUAUGGAUGUAAAAUUGAAUAUCUGAGAAGCAGGAACCUACCUCCACCCGACAUUAUAUGUAUUAUCUGCUGCAUUUCUGUUUAUGGAUUAUCUCUUCCUCAUGUAUUUGUGACAGUCCCGCGGUGUGUACGAGACGCCAGGUCUCACGUUGCUUCACGCAGCUCACCAAGACCUCGAGGUGUUAUGUCUGGACCGCGAGGUGAGGAAGAUCAAGGUGAACCUCAGCAAGCUCAUGGCUGAGCAGGUUUACAACGGUUUCUGGUUCAGUCCAGAGUUUGAGUACACCAGACAGUGCGUGGAGGCGUCUCAGAAGAUGGUGACCGGUACAGUGUUCCUCAAGGUGUACAAAGGAAAUGUGUACAUAGAGGGACGGACUGCUCCUGUGUCCCUCUACAACCAGCAGCUCGUGUCGAUGGAUGUACAGGGAGACUUCGAGCCUACGGAUGCUACGGGCUUCAUCCGCCUCAACGCAUUACGCCUUCGUGAGCACCGGCGUGUGAAGGAAGCAUCUGAGGAGAAACAGUGAGGUUGGCAAAGGCAGUGGGCAUGGUACGUUGGGAGAAGAAAAAACAAAAUGUUAAGUAGGCAGCAAAAAACAGCAGCAGAUUUCGUUAAAUAUAUGAUGGGCUUUACCCCAAAAAAAUAUUACUGAUAACCACAGUUAAUCAAUAGUAAAAUAAUAAAAUGAAAAAAACUUUGUAAACU